CCUACUAGAUUUGCCGUAGUCCAAUUUCGUCUGCGGCUUUACUUCUCUUAGCACAUUCGGCUACCACUGCUCUCUAAAAUGAUUAAUUGAACACAAACAUUACAUUUUACGUUGUAUCAUUAGACUACUCGUUUGGUACCGUAACAUUAUGGCGUCUGCGUUUGUUGUCGGAGAUCACUUCAAGAAGGGUGUGACGGAACUGUUGGAAAAGACAGACUCUUCUCUUCCUGAAGGACUGAGACAGAAACUGAAUAUUAUUGUAGAAAAGACAGAACAAACAACGCUGCCGUUCAGUACAGCGAGACAAUUAUACAAGUACUUGAAGGAUCAAGGGUAUCCUGUGUAUUUGCAUGAAUUGCUAGAGGACAGCUCACUGCACCUACCGGGAUUUGUCAAGCCACCCAGAAAUCCUGAACUGGUCGCACGCUUAGAGCUCAUUAAAGCCAGACUAGCAAAUGAAGAAUACAACAAGAUGACGCGUAAUGUAAACAAUCAGGAAAUGAAUCGAAAUGGAACACUGGCAGAUUUUGGACGGGAAGUACGAUCAGCUAAAGCGGUGGUCGUGACCAUUGUCAACUUCCUGGUGACAGUCGUUGCUACAUUUGCAUGUUCCUACAUAGGCAGUCAGUACCUGUUCACAGAAACGACACCUCGAGUCGUGUCUGCUGUGAUUGCAACAUCUGUUGUCGGUCUUGCUGAGCUGUUUGUCCUAGUCCGGACCAUGGAGGGAGAACUCGGGGAACCCUAGCAUAACUAACAAGGGCAUGACGCUCAAGUCAGGGAGGAAAAGCUGCAAAUAGAAACAUAAGGUCAUUGGCAGUGUCUCAAAUGGAAUAGUUAUGUCCGGCCACACAUUUUGACAGUGUAGUGCUGUACCGGAUACAUUAUUAUUGUUGCUUAUUUACAGAAAAUGAAAAUUUCCAACAACUUUUUUUAUUGUAGCCAAAUGGCGACUAUUGAUUUCCAUACCUGCACACUCACAAUUUUGACCAUUUUCAGUACAACAUAUGGUUACCAACAGAACCUUCUCAUAGGAAUGCUUAUUUUUGUUUGAAAGAUUAGUGGACUGUGUUUGGGGGAAUUGACAAUGAAAAAUCUCUGUUGUCUUUUGGCAGAAUUAGUGAAAAAGCGAGUGAUUUAAGGCAGUGGUUCUCAACCUUUUUUCAGUGAUGUACCCCCCCUGUGAACAUUUUUUUAAUUCAAGUACCCCCUAAUCAGAGCAAAGCAUUUUUGGUUGAAAAAAAUAGAUAAAGAAGUAAAUACAGCACUAUGUCAUCAGUUUCUAAUUUAUUAAAUUGUAUAACAGUGCAAAAUAUUGCUCAUUUGGAGUGGUCUGUCUUGAACUAUUUCGAAAAGAAGAUAUAAAAAUAACUAAAAACUUGUUGAAAAAUAAACAUGUGAUUCAAUUAUAAAAAAAGAUUUCUACACAUAGAAGUAAUCAUCAACUUAAAGUGCCCUCUUUGGGGAUUGUAAUAGAGAUCCAUCUGGAUUCAUGAACUUAAUUCUAAACAUUUCUUCACAAAAAAAAAAGACAUAUUUAACAUCAAUAUUUAUGGAACAUGUCCACAAAAAAUCUAGCUGUCAAGACUGAAUAUUGCAUUGUUGCAUUUCUUUUCACAGUUUAUGAACUUAAAUUCAUAUUUUGCUGAAGUAUUAUUCAAUAAAUAUUAGGGCUGCGAAUCUUUGGGUGUCCCACGAUUCGAUUCAAUAUCGAUUCUUGGGGUCACGAUUCAAUAAUAUAUCAAUUUUUUUCGAUUCGAUUCUCGAUUCAAAAACGAUAUUUUUCCGAUUCAAAAUGAUUCUGUAUUCAUUCAAUACAUAGGAUUUCAGCAGGAUCUAUCCCAGUCUGCUGACAUGCUAGCAGAGUAGAAUAUUUAAAAAAAAAAAAGCUUUUAUAAUUGUAAAGGACAAUGCUUUAUCAACUGAUUGCAAUAAUGUAAAUUUGUUUUAACUAUUAAACAAACCAAAAAUAUGACUUACUUUAUUUUAUCUUUGUGAAAACAUUGGACACUGUGUUGUCAAGCUUAUGAGAUGCGAUGCAAGUGUAAGCCACUGUGACACUAUUCUUUUUUUUAUUUUUUUUUUUUUUUCUAAAUGUCUAAUGAUAAUGUCAAUGAGGGAUUUUUAAUCACUGCUAUGCUGAAAUGAUAACUAAUAUUGAUACUGUUGUUGAUAAUAUUCAUUUUUGUUUCACUACUUUUGGUUUGUUCUGUGUCGUGUUUGUGUCUCCUCAAUUGCUGUGUUUAUUGCAGUUCUGAGUGUUGCUGGGUUAUGUUUGGUUUUGGAAUUAGAUUGCAUUGUUAUGGUAUUGCUGUGUAUUGUUUUUUUUUUUUAAAUCGAUUUUUUAAAAAUGAGAAUCGAUUCUGAAUCGCACAAUGUAUUCGAUUCGAUUCGUAUUUUAAUCGAUUUUUUCCCACACCCCUAAUAAAUAUAUUUAUAAAGGAUUUUUGAAUUGUUGCUAUUUUUAGAAUAUUUAAAAAAAAUCUCACGUACCCCUUGGCAUACCUUCAAGUACCCCCAGGGAUACGCGUACCCCCAUUUGAGAACCACUGAUUUAAGGUACUAUGAUUCUACUAGUGGUUAUGUUCAGUUCAUUUAGUUUCCAGAUUUCUAGAUAACAUCUAAAAAUAUAUUUUGAUUGUCCCUUUAAUGAAUUUCCCCAAGCUGUGAUCCUGUUGUACUUUUCCUAUAUAUUAUUUCCUGAAUCGACAUCCACUUCUCUUGUAUUUGACAAAUCCCUAACAAAAUGUACACAGCUCACUUUGUUUAAAUUCCUAUUUAUGAUCAUAAUUGUACCAAUACAAAAACAAACCUA